AUGCUAAUUUUCCUGGUAUUUCAUUUUGUGGAAGCUAUUUUCGCAUGCAUUCCGACCCAAGAGACUGAGCCAAUCACCCCAAAAUGUUCUUCUUGCAGUCCUGUGUAUGAGACAGGGUGUAUGGGAUAUAAUAUGCCAACAACCACGGAUUGGUGUGCAAUUGUUACUGUAACAUACACAUACACACCGGGUUUGCCGGAGGAUAUGUGCACAGCAAAUGUCAUAUGCCCCGCUGGUACUAAACCUCAAUACCUUUCUGAUAAUGGGUAUGGAAUGACUGCCUAUGUCGAUGGUGAUAAUGGAGCAAUUUCUUGUGAUGAGACAGGAUACGCCAUAGGGCAGUGGGGUGCGUCAAUUGGCGGGUCUGAAGAUACUUUUACAAAAAUGAGAUGUCAAGUUGUAUAA